UUAGACGUGAUGACCUGAUGACAGAUCACAGACUCUGCUAUAUUUACCGUUGUCAGAUUGUUUUUUUUUUAUAAGUUUACAGUGUAUGUUGUUGAUUGUUUAUCAGUGAUUAUUAACCAAUCGUAACGAAUCAUGCGAUCAUUUUAAGAAUCUAAUAGUGUCAGUGAUCAAGAAAUUGAAAAAAGUUAAUGUGUUUUACAAUAAUCUAUCAAGGAUAAAUUUCAAGGAUAAUUUGUGCAUUUUUAGUUCUGUAAAUGCAACGAUAAAGAAUAAUUUUUUCAUCACUCUGAUUUUUUUUUUUUUUUUUUGGAGUGUUGUUAAAAAUGAUGGAAGAUUAUAAAUUUUUGUUUAAAGUUGUUCUUGUGGGCAAUGCCGGUGUUGGUAAAACAUGUCUAGUUCGAAGAUUCACUCAAGGAUUAUUUCCACCUGGACAAGGAGCAACGAUUGGAGUUGAUUUUAUGAUAAAAACUGUCGGAGUGGAAAAUGAGAAAGUAAAGCUACAAAUUUGGGAUACAGCAGGACAAGAGAGAUUUCGUUCAAUUACUCAAAGUUAUUAUAGAUCUGCUCAUGCUUUAAUUUUAGUAUAUGAUAUUUCUUGUCAACCAACUUUCGAUUGUCUACCUGAUUGGCUUAGAGAAAUCGAAGAAUACGCGAGUAAUAAAGUACUGAGGAUAUUAGUUGGAAAUAAAAUUGAUCGUGAAGAUAGAGAAAUACCGACGCAUGUUGGCGAAGAUUUUGCUCAACGUCAUGGUAUGUAUUUUCUAGAAACUUCGGCAAAGGAGGCAGAAAAUGUUGAAAGGCUGUUUAUGGAAAUUGCAGCUGAACUUAUGGAGCAAGCACGUUGCAAGGAGUUACCGCGAUAUGAAACGAAUACAACUUCCAUCAAAGGAAAAACAACAUCAAUAGGAGAUUAUACCAACUGUGGAUGCGGUCGUUUUACCUAAGUGAUUUAAUAUUUAUUUAGUUGCUUGAUUUAUUAACGAAAAAGAAAAACAAGGGACAGAUUUCAGUUGACAAGGUUGUUCCAUUAAUUAUGGAAAUUCACCAAAGUGCUUUAUUCUCUACACCAACUUCAAACUAUUUUCUACCUACACAUCACUUGCAAUUUUCUAAUUCACUCGAAAAUAUUAUUGAGAGGAAUUGAAAUUUACAAAUUGUAUUUUCAUUCAAUUUCAAUUAUUACUUUGAGUAUAAAUUUAUUUAGGCGGUACGAAAUAAUUUGUUUAAAUUAAUUUUUCAUAGGAUUUCAAUUCUAGAAGGUAGAAUUAAUUUCUAAUUAAUUGAGACUUGACUAAAAAUAAUUUCCUAUCGCCUACUUGAAUCUUGCUUAAAUAACCAUUUAUUAUAGCUAAAAGCUAGUAAUUUGGAUUCAUUUAAGCAUUUUUAGUUUUUUUUUUAGUGGGUAUAUAUUUAUUUUAAAGGCUUAUUAGUUAUGUUGCACAAGAUAAAAGAAAUAACGUCGUUAAUCAUCAAUGAUUUUGAAUUAUUAUAUAAUUCACAAAAAAUUAGCAAUUAUAUAACAAUUGAUGAUUUUCGACGUUUCUUUUUCUCGUAAUCAAGACUUAAAUUCUAAAAAUCAGUAAUUAUGAAUAGUAUUUCAAAGAUUUUUUUUUUAUGAAAUUACAUAUUCAAAUGUUAUUUACGACUGUUUUUCAAUUUAAAAAAAAUAAUGCUAUACUUGUUUUUUAUUUUUAUUGAAAAAGAUUUUUCAUAACUAUUUGAUAAAUGAAAAAUUGACUGAGAAUAUAUAUUUUCUUCUUGACUGUGAUUUAGUUUUCUUUUGGGAGUUUCUUCUUGCAGUUUUGAUUACAUAUAUUAUAUAUAAUUAUAUUUUUUGUUAAAUCAUUGCUCUAGUCUCUUCACACACAUUUAAGAUUAAAAAAAAGGUCAACUUUUUAUUGUACGAAAAUAUUCGUCAUUUAUAUUAUGCAAACGCAAUCGUUACAUUUGUUUACUCAUCGCAAAACAGUUACAUUGUUACCGAAGAUGAAUGAUUGCGUGAUCUUUUGGGAAAAAAAAAAAAAACUGUAAAAGUUAUUUAAAUGGUAACAACGAAAAUGAACCUUUUAGUCAAUCUAUUAUUAGUAGAUAAUAUUAUUGAAUAUACUCCAUUAUUAGCAAUUACUGCGUAUAUGAGUAUGUAAUAAAUUUCUAAACUUAAAAACGAUAUAUGAAAGUAGAACAUGUAACAAUUUAUCGAAAUCGUAAUUUUUUGAAACUUAUUUAUUAAAGUAGACAUGUAGAUUGGUGCUAUAAGUAAUUUCAUGAGUUUCCUUUUUUUUUUUACUCCGAUUUGCACAUUUUGUAUUUUUUUAUCAAAUUAUAGAUGAGGCAUUAUAGCGAACUUUUCUAUUUUCAACGACCAAUUGUAAAAGUUCAAAAAAUUUAGAAAUAGUAUAAUAAUAAUCAAAAGUUCACUCUCUUGAUAUAAUGUUUGCCUUUGAAAAAAAAAAUGCACAUUGUGUUUAAUUUUAUUUAUUUUUGCCGAAAGUAAACUUUAAAUAAAAUUAUUUUUAAACAUUAACUGUUUAAACAUUUCGCAGUGCCUCAUAUAAUUUUAGAUUGUUUAAAAAUACAAUUUGUUUAAAAAAAAUCGAAUAAUUUUGUAAGUCUAAUAAAGCUAAACGUAGCCACGAAUUUGUUAAUUAAUUAUAUAUUAAAAGAAAUGAGUGAUGAUUUUUAAUUACAAUUACAAAAUUAUGUACAAUUUACAAAAAAUAUUGAAAUUAUUAAAAAGAAUUAGUUAACAAAUUUGCGACAAAUUAUUGCUUCAAUUGAUUUAUAAUUUAUAAAUAUAAACGACGCAAUUUGUUUCUAUUUUCUUUCAAAUACUUUAAUUUCUUUGUACGUUCUACGAUGAAGAACAUAUUUUUAUUUCUUUAUCAAAAAUAAAUUUUUUAUUUAAAAACAAAAAAUUUUAAGUAAAAUAAUCCAUUUAUAUUGGUAAUUGAUAAAAGUGAAUUGUUAUGAAAAUUGUUUAAAAAUAACGAAUUUAAAAGUUUGUUGUAUAAAAAUCGCUGAUUGUUUAAGUUUUCAAUGUUGCGAGUAAUUCUCUCGAGUUGCUAAUUAUUAUGUUAAAAAAUGACAAAUACUUUUUUCAUUGCAAUAUUCUCCUGAUAAUAUUUCAAUGAAGAUAUACAGUUAUAAAAAAAAGACAUAUCAAUUCAAAAAAAGGAAAAAAAAAUAAUUUAAUUUACAUUGCAAUAAAUUAAUGUAGCGGCUUUUUGUGGGCAUUAUAAUUUUUUGUAAGAAAAAAAAAAAACAAUUGCUUAUUCGUCGAAAAUGAUAAUCGUCGUUAUUAAUGUAUCAAAUACCGCGUAAUUUAUAAUAUGUAUAUCACAUUUCGUGGUCCCUAUAAAUAUUUAAUUUCAAAUUUAUUGUCAAUCUAUUUAGUGUUUUAUUCAUGAAAACACUUAUUUAGAUUCCCCUUGUCUGCACACAUAAGAAUUAGAUAAAAAUUCGUGCAUCUUCCAUUUACAUACAUAAUAUAUUAAUUGUAUAAGAUUAUUCGAAUCGUCAAUAAAAUAUACAAAACUAUAAGACUUUCCAAAAAUAUUGAAAUGAAGUCUGCGAUAACAAAAAAAAAAAAAAAUUGUCAAAUUACUUUCUUGAUUCGAUAAUCAAAGACUUAAAGUCCUCGAGUACCAAACGAUUAUGACAUUACGAUUAUAUUUAUUCGAUUCAAAUAUUUAAUUUGAUAUUUAAUUAAUUUAAUAAUUAAAUUGUUUAAAAAAAUUUUUUUUAAUUAAAAAUUAUUGUUAAUGUAAUAACGUUUGGAAAUUGAGGAACAUUUGCGAAUUAAUAUGUAAUACCAAGUUUAGUGCCUCUCUGCAUUGAGAUUUUUCUGAAGGGGACUUAUUUGUAAAAAAAAAAAAUUUCGAUGAAAUUUUACGCAUUUAUGAUAUUGCGCUAUAGUAAAAUAUUUAUUAUUAAAAAAGUCGUGACAUUUUUUGUUUUUUCUUUUUGUUAUUGAUUUACAAUGAGUUUCACGAUUUAUACUAUGAAAUGCAUGUGAACAUUGAAAAGUUUGAGAGAAUAAGUGUUUUUUAUAUACAUAAAAAAAAAAAAUUAGAAUGGUACGAAUGUUUUAAAGAUUUAUGAUUCUACUUAUAUGCUAACGCUAGACGGCGUAAUGAAACACACUCACUUGCUACAAAUGUAGGCGUACAUUUAUAAUUAAAUUAUUUGAAAACAUAA